AUGACAGACUCCAGAGAGGAUCCUCUGGGGCCUGAACAGCCUCCUGCACAGCACAUCCAAAAGCCACGGGUGGCUCCACUCCCAAAGGAGAUCCUACAGCGCAUCUUUGGGACCAGCCAGGUGUUCCAGAGCUUUGAUGAGAUAAAACCAGUGGUCACUGGGUUAACAGUGCCCUCAAAAGUCAGGGAAUACUACCACCGAGGCUACCGGUGCUUGGUGCAAGAGGACUGGGAGUUGGCCGUGCUGUUCUUCUCCCGCGCCCUCCACCUGGACCCCCAGCUGGUACACUUCUAUGCCUUAAGAGCUGAAGCCUACAUCCAGCUCUGUGACUUCUCCUCAGCCAUCCAGAACCUGCGAAGGGCCUUCUCCUUCCAGCCGGAGAACACCAAGUUCCUGGAGCGCCUUACCUUGGUGCUGCACCUGCAGGGCCAGUGCCUGUUUGAGCAAGGUGCCUUUCUGGAUGCCCUGAACAUCUUCUCGCAAGCUUCUGAGCUCCAGCCCGAGAAAUCCUGCUUCCGCUACCGAUGCAUAGCCUGUCUCUUGGCCCUCAAACAACAUUGCAACUGCCUCUCACUUGUCACCAAGGAGGUGGAGCAUGGCACAGCCAAUGCUGAUGUCUACAUCCUCCGGGCCAGGCUCUAUCACUUCUUCCAGAAGCCCAACCUCUGCUAUCAAGACCUGCACAGCGCCUUGCUGUUGAAUCCCAAGCACCCACAGGCCAAGGUGCUGCUCAGGAUGAUGGUGGACCAGGCCCAGAAGUCACACCAAGAUGCCAGGACCCUUGCCGUGCAGGGCAAGUUGGAGCAUGCCCUGCAGUGUGUCACCUGCGCCAUCCAGAACAACCCUCUGGACCCCAGCCUCUUCCUCUUCCGGGGCACCGUGCACCGCCGGCUCCAGGAGUUUGAUGCCGCCGUGGAGGACCUCCUGAAGGCGCUGGACAUGAUGACGGAGCACCAGGAGGAUAUGGUGCGGCAGGCGCAGCGCCAGCUCCUGCUGGCCUACAACGACUUUGCCGUGCACUGCUACAUGCAGGGUGCCUACCAGGAGAGCGUGCUGCUGCUCAACAAGGCCCUCCGGGACGAGCAGCAGGAGAAAGGCCUCUACAUCAACCGCGGCGAUUGCUUCUUCCAGCUGGGCAACCUGACCUUCGCCGAGGCGGACUACCAGCAGGCACUGGCGCUGAGCCCGCAGGACGAGGGCGCCAACCUGCGCAUGGGCCUACUGCAGGAGAAGAUGGGCUUCUGCGAGCAAAAGAGCCGGCAAUUCAAGAAGGCAGAGGACCACUUCUCAAUGGCCAUCCAGCACAAUCCCCAGAAGGCUCAGUACUAUGUGCACCGCGCCAGGAGCCGGCUGCUCACACAGAACAUUUUUGGGGCCCGCCAGGAUGUUGCCACUGCCCUGCUCCUUGACCCUAAGCAGCCAAAGCUGCUCCCGCUGAUGGCUGACCUCUUCCCGUGCAUGUCAAUGGAGGAGGUGCUUGGCACCCAGGUGGCCCACCUGGCCAGGUGGCAGCUGACUCAGGUGAUGGAGAGCAGGCUGCAGGACAGCAUCUCUCAGGGCAUCAUGGGGCAGUUCAGGAAGUGGGACCUGGAGCGCCAGAAGGCCCGGGCCCUGCAGCUCUUGUGGAAGCAGGAACAGCCUUUGUCGCAGGCCUCUGAGAAGCUGGGCUCCGCUCCCCAGACCCUGCCGGCAGAGCCAGAACAGCCGGAGGAGGCCAAGGGCCCCAAGGAGGAGGAGACGCCGGAGCCCGCCCCGAGCAAGGUGAGGUCCCUGUCCGACAGCUACCUCGACCAGGCCUCUUCAAGCUCCAUCUUGGGCUCCAGGACGCUGUUGACCUCAGAGACAGAGACAUCCACCACGUGCCAGGAUUACAGGAGCAGCCCGGCCUCCCCUGCGAUGUUCUCUGGUUCCUCCGUACUGGGGACUCAGUCGUCAGACUCCGGGACCGACAGGGGACGCCUAAGCCUGAGCCACCACUCCAGAGAAACUAGGGCCACCGCCUGGGGCCAGGGCCAGAGAUCCUGCCAGGCACAGGCCACGCAGAGCCAGAGCCAGGGGCCCAGCAAGACCGAGGCCACCCAGGACCCAGGGCAAAAGCCCAGCAAGACCAAGGCUGCCCGAGGCCCAAGGCGGAGGCUCAGAAAGACCAAGGUUGCUCAUGGCCAGAGCUGGGGACCCCGCAAAGCUGAGGCCACCCAGGGCCGGACCUGGGAACGGAUCCGAAGUUCCAGCAAGACUGAGACUUUGUGUGACUCAAGUCGGAGCCCCAGCAGUACUGAGGCCACCCAGGGCCAGUGCCAGAGUCCCAGCAAGACCAAGCAGGUUUCCCCAGAGCUGAAGCCAGAGCACCAGCCUAAUUUCCAGCGACAAUGUCACUCAGGACCUGAGCCAGAAGCCCAGCAAAAUCCAGGCUGGCCAGAGCCCCAGCCCUGGCGGUCAUACUGUUCUCUGAAGGGGCACCAAGCCCCUCACUUCUUGCUGGAGGAGGCUCAGGACAAGGGUCCCUCCGCCAGGGGCCCCAAGACGUCCCUGCGUGGCCUGGCCAGGUAG